AAGGUGCCUGGGUCUAGAGUAUAAAGGAACCCGAGGGCAGUGGGAGGAAACUGGUGGCUGCAACUCCAGCCAUGGUGCCUGCCUUGCUCUCCCUGAGCCUUUCCCGCCUGGGCCUGUGGGCUUUGGGACUGAUCUUGGUCUUAGGUUUCCUCAAGUUCAUUCGUCUGUUGGUGCGGCGACAGUUCUUGGCCAAGGCGAUGGACAGCUUCCCAGGGCCCCCCACCCACUGGCUCUUUGGGCAUGCCCUUGAGAUACAGCAGACAGGGAGCCUGGACAAGGUGGUAUCCUGGGCUCAUCAGUUCCCCUACGCCCACCCACUCUGGUUUGGACAGUUUCUUGGCUUCCUGAACAUCUAUGAACCUGACUACGCCAAAGCUGUGUACAGCCGAGGGGACCCGAAGGCCCCAGAUGUGUAUAACUAUUUCCUCCAGUGGAUUGGGAAAGGCCUGCUGGUCCUGGAUGGGCCCACGUGGUUCCAGCACCGCAAGCUGCUCACACCUGGCUUCCAUUAUGAUGUGCUGAAGCCCUAUGUGAAGGUGUUUGCCGACUCCACACACACCAUGCUGGACAAGUGGGAGGAAAAGGCUCGUAAGGACAAGAGCUUUGACAUCUUCAGUGAUGUGGGCCACAUGGCGCUGGACACACUCAUGAAGUGCACCUUUGGCAAAGGAAACAGCGGCCUGGGCCACAGGGACCAUAACUACUACCUGGCAGUCAGCGAUCUCACUCUGCUGAUGCAGCAGCGCAUAGCGUCCUUACAGUACCAUGACGACUUCAUCUACUGGCUUACUCCACAUGGCCGCCGUUUCCUGAGGGCCUGCCAGGUGGCCCAUGACCACACAGAUCAAGUCAUCAGGGAACGAAAGGCAGCCCUACAAGAUGAGAAAGAACAGAAGAAGAUCCAGAACCGGAGGCACCUGGAUUUCCUGGACAUUCUCCUGGGGGCUCGGGAUGAAAAUGGGAUCAAGCUGUCAGACGCAGACCUCCGGGCGGAGGUGGACACAUUCAUGUUCGAAGGUCAUGACACCACCACCAGUGGCAUCUCUUGGUUUCUCUACUGCAUGGCCCUAAACCCAGAACACCAGCAUCGCUGUCGGGAGGAAGUCCGUGAGAUCCUCGGAGACAGGGACUCCUUCCAGUGGGAUGAUCUGGGCAAGAUGACCUACUUGACCAUGUGCAUUAAGGAGAGCCUCCGUCUCUACCCGCCCGUGCCCCAGGUGUACCGCCAGCUGAGCAAGCCUGUGAGCUUUGUGGAUGGUCGCUCUCUACCUGCAGGCAGCCUGGUCUCUCUGCACAUCUAUGCCCUCCAUAGGAACAGCGCAGUGUGGCCCGAUCCUGAGGUCUUUGACCCCCUGCGCUUUUCCCCUGAGAAUGUGACUGGACGCCACCCCUUUGCCUUCAUGCCUUUCUCCGCUGGGCCAAGGAACUGCAUUGGGCAGCAGUUUGCCAUGAACGAGAUGAAGGUGGUCGCGGCCCUCUGCUUGCUCCGCUUUGAGUUCGCCGUGGACCCCUUGCAGCCACCCAUCAAAUUGCUGCAGCUGGUCCUGCGCUCCAAGAAUGGCAUCUACCUUCACCUGAAGCCACUGGGCUCAGGCACUGAGAAGUAGUUCUGCCAAGAGUAGGGCCUAAGAUAGCUCAAGUUGUGGCCUCUCGCUGAACAUUGCUCCCUCCAGGCUAGACUGUGGAGCAGCUGUGGCUUCCUGUCUUUGGGAGGCUUGUAUUAUAGACGGUGAGUAGGUACCCACAUACAGAGUCACCGUCAGGGCAGAGUCAUGGAAACAUGUGUGUCUAUAAAUGCUUAUCAUACAUGUAGUCUAGAGCUGACUCAUUCAUUCAA